GUUUCCUACGUCUAUAAAUUCAGGGUGAGCUGGAGGGAGCGGAGAGGGAUAACGGGAACUGAGGGGAAAUUAAAUCAAGGAGGAAGGAAACAGCCCAGCACUUUUCUUACGAGGUUUGAUUGCUCGUGUCUGGGGGAGUCCGAUGAUGGAGGCCUGAGACUAUUCUCUGGUUUUCUCCGGGACAUUGUUUACUCACUCCCACCAUCUGCUGAGAACCUUCUUGAUCAUGGCUAACAUCUGCCCGUACGGCUUCUUCACUCACGCGGUGGUCCGCGGCAUCCCUGAGACUUUUGGGAAGGUUGAUGGAGGCGAUCAUCAGAACGGGGAGGCCUCUGUGGACCUGGCAAAGGCUCAGCGGCAGUUUGGUUGUCUGACCGGAGCCCUGAGGCAGAAGCUGGGCCUGCAGCUCAUCGAGAUCCCCCCUGACCCGGAGCUGCCCGAGAGCUGGAGGAUUGAGGAUGUGGCCGUCAUCCAGGGAGACACCGCCCUCAUCACGAGGCCUUUCAAGCAACAGAGGCGCAAAGAGGCAGAGGCAGUGAGGAGAGUGUUGUCGGAGCUGAACCUGACGGUGGUGGAGAUGGGGGGAGAGGAGGGUGACUCCGGGGGGGCCACUCUGGAGGGCAGCGACGUUCUCUUCACGGGCAGAGAGUUCUUUGUCGGCAUCUCUUCUCACACCAACCGGCAAGGAGCUGAGGUUCUGGCCGACACAUUCAGGGACUUUGCCGUGUCCACCGUCCCAGUUUGUGGCGGAGCUCGUCUGAAGAACAUCUGUUCCAUGGGCGGCCCGGACACCAUUGUGAUCUGCAACAAUGACGGAGCCAAAAAGACCCUGAGGAUGAUGGAGCAGCUGACUGACCACCACUAUGAGGUUCUCUCUGUCCCGGAGGUGUCGGCCGCUAAUUGCAUCUAUGUAAAGGGUCCGUCCAAGCGAGACUUCCUGCUCCAUCGGCCUGUGGAGGAAUGUUCCGACAGUAUCUCUAACUUCCAGAAUCUCCAGGACUACACCCUCCUGCCCACCGCCUGCAGCGAAGCCUCCAAACUUGGAGCUUCUCUCUCAUCCCUCUGCCUUCUCAUCAACAGAAAGCACAGCUACAUCUAAAGGACGCCACCUACCUGUGGCACAUCACCAUAAUCCUUUUAUUUUUCUAUUUAUCAGGAUGAACACAGACAAUUCCUGCUUGUUUGGGUGGAUUCAUUUGAGCUUUGUACUUUUCAGAUGACGUUCAAUCUUGUUACAAACCUUGUAGAAAUAAAGACUUGCAAUCAGACUUGUCUCCACAAAUUU